AUGAAGCCGAAUGCUAGACCCAUAUUCGCUAGACCAAGGGAAGUUCCUUUAGCUUUAAGAGAAGCAUAUGCCAAGGAAAUUGAUGCUAAAAUUGCUGCCGUAACUAAAAAAAAUGGAGCUAUACGUAUUACUGGAAACUAUAAACCUACGGUCAACCCUCAAAUGAUUAUCGAUGAGCAUCCUAUUCCAAAACCAGAAGAUUUAUUCAACAGAAUUAAGGGUGCUACAAUAUUUGCUCAUCUAGAUGUUACCGACGCAUAUACGCAUUUGCCAAUAGAUGAAGAGUUUGGACAUGUUCUUACCUUAAAUACUAUUACUCAUGGCCUUAUACAACCCACUCGUGCAGUCUAUGGGGCUGCAAACAUUCCAGCAAUAUGGCAGCGAAAAAUGGAAGAAGUUUUAAAAGGAUUACCUAAUUGUCUUAAUUUCUUCGAUGAUAUACUAUUAUUUGCAAAAGAUUUUAAUGAAUUACAACAAAUUUUAGAUUUAACUUUGGCCCGAAUUAGACAGUGCGGUCUUAAAUUAAACAAAUCGAAGUGUGUUUUUGCAGCAACGUCAGUGGAAUUUUUAGGGCAUUUAAUUGAUGCCAAGGGUAUACAUAAGUCAAAUAAGCAUAUUGAAUCUGUAUUGAACGCACCGAAACCAAACUCCUUAGAAGACUUGCAGCUAUUUCUAGAGAAUAUUAAUGCAGAUUACAUGUCACGUAUUGUUCCAGAUAAUUCAGUAAAGUCACAAUGCAACGAAAAUUAUGUAAUUACUGAAUACGACGAGUUUGAUACUUUUAUUUUCCGACAAAUUAACCAGUUACCCGUUACAGCUGAAAAAAUUGCCAAUGAAACCCGUAAAGAUUCAGUACUUGGAAAAAUAGUUGCAAUAUUAGAGAAAGGACAUUCGUUGGAAAAAUAUGGUUAUACUGCACCAGAAUCGAAUUAUAGACUCUCAGUUUCGAAAAGACAUUCUUCAAAAUCUACACGCAGCUCAUUUAGGGAUGGUAAAAUGAAAGGUAUUGCUCGUUCCUUUGUGUAUUGGCCAAAAAUCGAUGCAGAUAUUGAAGCUGUGGCAAAAGACUGCAACGAUUGUGCAAGAGUAGCAAAUAAACCUAAGAAGUAUACAGAUCAUCACUGGGAAUAUCCCAAAGGGCCUUGGGAACGAGUGCAUAUAGAUUAUGCUGGCCCUUUCGAGGGUAUGAUGUUACUAAUUAUUACAGAUGCCUAUAGCAAAUGGCUGGAUGUGAAAAUAACUAAAUCUAUGACAGCUGAGGCAACAAUUGCAUUAGUCGAUGAAGUUUUUGCAAAUUACGGUGUUCCUGCGAUGGUAGUAUCCGAUAAUGGUACAAAUUUCUCAUCAGAAGAGUUUAACAAAUACUUGACGGCUGUGGGAGUCAGAUAUCAUAAAUACACUGCACCUUAUCAUCCCUCUACUAACGGCCAAGCUGAACGUAGCGUUCAAACAGUAAAAAACGCAUUAAAAGCUAUGUGUACAUCAAAACAAACAUUACAACAAAAUCUCAACGAGUUUUUAAGGCAGUAUAAGAAUGCACCUCAUUCAACAACUGGAGUAUCUCCAGCACAACUUUUUCUAGGCCGUCAAAUUCGCACCCGUCUUGAUUUAGUACAUCCAGAAAAUGUUUCUUCUAAAAUAACAAAUAAACAAUUUUUGAAACAACAUGAGCAAUUUAGAGAGUUUCAAGUGGGUGACAAUAUAUAUUUUUUAUCCGGUAAUCAAAAGGAAAGCAAAUGUAUACCAGGUAAAAUAAAUAGGCGUUUAGGCGAUAUUCAUUACGAAAUUCUUUAUGAAAAUAAGUAUGUACGAAGACAUAUUGAUCAAAUUCGUGGUGCUACUCAAGGUGUACAAAAGGAUGUGGACACAGAUGAUGAAUUUGAAACACCACAAGCUGGUCAAAAUCAAAACCACCCGCAAACACCACAUUACAAAACAGCGCAAGCGCGACGAGAAGAAACCAGUGAACAGUUAAAUAUAGAGAAUUCACAUUUACCAAGUGAUCAGCAUCUACGACGAUCAAAAAGGAUUCCAAAACCAAGAGUUUUAUUUUCACCUGACAAUUCCUAA